GAUAACGACUGCCCAGCUUAUAUCAUUCAGCACGGGUCGCAAUCUCUGUCACAAGAGCUGCUCAAACCAGAAGUCGUCAAAACGUACACAAGCCUUGACAAAUUAGAGACCAAAUGUCUCCAAAUCGUAGCGUUCGUUCGCAGCCUGCAGGAUCGAGGGAGACCGAUCACCGAGAACAAAUUGCUGGCCGUCAUUGCUCGCCACCGGCAACUAGUCCAUGCGUAUAUUGACGUUCUUACGGCGUCGCAACACCCCGUAGCCAACUCUGGUUUACGCCGUUUACCCACUGAAAGUCAUGUGCCUGCCCGUCUUUGGAAAAUUGGGACUCAUUCGUGUAUUGAGUUGCUGCGUUCCAGUCUGCCACAGAGCAAAGAAUGCAUGCUAGCUUUUAUCUACUCUGCAUAUCGCACCUUUGGCUUCCUCCGCGAGAUAUUCCCGGCAUUUGGGGCGACCUGGAUGGAAUGCUUAGGCGACCUUGCGAGAUACAGAAUGAGACUCGAAGAAAAGAGUCUCCAGGAGCGAGACACGUGGGGCGAGGUAGCCAAGUUUUGGUAUAGGAAAGGCUCUGUUGAUCAGCCGAGAGUUGGCCGCCUUUCCCAUCAUCUCGCGGUCCUUUCCAGACCGAGGCUUUUAGAGCAGAUAUUUCUGCAUGCCAAAUCGCUGACCUGCAUAGAACCGUUUCUGCAGUCCCGAGAGUCAGUCUUGACUCUGUGUCAAACAGAUCCUUCCUCAUGUAGCCGAGCUUCCGACAUCUCCGCUGUUGAUAUUAGCUUCUGCCAGGCUCUUCAUUUCACUUUUCGGGAUUGGCAUGGCUCAGAAGUAGCUUGGGCCAAAAUGACACUAUUCGAGGAAAAAUUAUCAGCCUAUCUUGAAAUACUGAAAAAAAAGCAUCGACGAAGAGCCCUCAUUAUGGCAGGAAAGAGGCAUCCACAUUGCCAUUAUAAACAUUGCGGGACUCUUUGAGUGGGCCUCUGAAUCUGGAAUCUUGAAACGGCUACUCGGAAGUCCCCUGAAAGGAUACCACCAUACCGAACAGCUUCCAUCACAGCCAGCUCCUAUAUCUGACCAAUGUCAUACCCCCUUCAAGUCAGGGACUUCUUCAACAGAUUUACGCCACCAGAUAGGGAAAACUGUCCAGACCGAAGAGCAGGAUACCAAAUUGCUUGGCAGUGAUAACAUCUAUGACCUUUACUACCCAGGUCGUUUGGCUUUCUCAACGUUUGAAGUUUUUCUUCAUCUUGCUAGGAAUAAAAACCUGUUGCCGCACCUUCAUGUCAUGCUGAUCUGCGUAGGUAGCGUUGGAAGAAUUCCGAGUCUAAAGCCUUUACUGGAUAACGUGCCUUGGAUGCAGCUUAUCCGUUUUCUCAACAACUUAAUC